UGCGCAUCGGGUAAACAAUAAAAGUGAAAUUCAUGCUGAAAAACAAUGCGCCUAAAUCAACUCAACUUUGCAUUUAAGAAAAAUCACCAUCAAUAAAUAUCUCGAAAAUUAACCGCACGCUCAUUUUUACCCAACACCAAAUCUCAAUUUUCCGUUAAUACAUACCAAAAAUCCAGGAAAGAGCACCUUCAUUUAUAAAUUUCUGCUAUUCGUUUCACAAUUUCAAAUCGAUAUUUCUGAUUUUGAUUUGUUGGACUAUAUGAUCUUUGUUCAUUUGGAAUAUUCCUAUUUUAUAAUAGGCAUCAUUGUGAAAUUUUCUCUUCUUUUUCGUAGUUUCUGUGUGAAAUGGUGUUUUUUUGGAUCUAAGAACAUCUGCAUAUUUUGGGAAAAUGGCAUCGAAUUUUGAUAGAUGGGAAAAAGAUCCCUUUUUUUCUGCUGCUGAAGAGGUUCAGGAAUCUACCGACCGGAUGGAAUCAACUUAUAGAACAUGGAUUCAUGCAAGGAAGGACACCUCUGGGGCUUGGAAUGCGGUUGAACUCCGAAGAGAUCUCCAAACAGCCCUUGGCACCGCUAAAUGGCAGUUGGAGCAAUUUGAGCGAGCUGUUAGGUCGAGUUAUACUAGUUCGAAAGCAGCCAAUGAUGCAAAAGACAGGCAUCGAGAUUUCAUAAUUGCGAUAGGAAGUCAUUUAUCAAAGGUUGAAAGCUCUUUAAAAGAAAUGGCAGUUUCUCAGGGCAAGCCACCUUUGCCCUGGCUCCGAUUAGAUGAAGGAGAACACAAAGAGCUUGCGCUGUUCCUUUCACGGCCAUCAUCAGAUUUCAUAGAUAAAAUCUCCCCAAAAGUUCAUGUUAAGGGCCAAAUAUCUGAAAACUCAGGAGGGACUGGCAAACACUCGAUUCCAGAGUGCACGAGUUCAUCUCAUUUGGUGGCAUGGGGUCAGGUUGAGGCUAAGGAAGAUAAGUUACACGGACAUCGGAGGACAGCCAGUGCUGGUGCUGACAUCGGUUCCUGGAAUAUUGCAGUUUCUGAUGAUGCUUUACCUCACAGUUUAUCCAAUCUAAAACCUGAUCUGCCCCCUAGAAAGAUACCCAGUUUUUCAGGGUUUCUAAAUACCAUGGAAUCCUCUAUGUCUCAUUUGAAGUGGUCAAAGAAUGGCUACCGGAAGUUAAAGAUUUCAGAUUGCCAUGAAGAAGUUGAUACUAGGUUACCUCGAUCUCAAAAUUUGACCAAAAAUAUCAAUGCGGUCUGCGAAAGGAAUAAAAGUUGCCUUGAUGGAUGUGAUGAUUAUGAGAAGCAACUGUAUGGUUGGUAUGGUGCCAUACACAGACUGCUUCAGAGGUCCCAAUAUCAUAUGCAAUAUAGUCGACCCAUUCAAAUCAUUUUCUCCCUUAUUUUCCUCUUCUGCUUGAUUGUUUUAUGGGCACUGCGUGCAGUCUGAGGAGGAGCAAAUUCCUUUAUCAUUGUUAUUGAUUGAUUAAUUGAUAUGCAAUGAAAAAGUUACAGGUUUUGGGGUUAUCCUUUAUGGUGUUACCUUAUAUAGUUAUGCCCUUGUUUGAGCCCCAUUUUUUUUUGAGAAAAUACAUUCUUAAACAGUGUUUUGAUAUCAUUUUAACCACAUAUUAUUCAAUUAAAUAAUAUUACACGAAAAUCUAAAACUUUUUCUUAUUUUUUAACCACAUAUCACAUCAUUACACUAUUCAAAAAUGCAUUUUCUUGGCAAAAAUGGGGCUCAAACAAGGGCUACGUAUUACGUUCCAUCUUUUUAGCAAUAUUUUAGCCCAUAAUUAAGUUAUGCUCUCAGAAUUGAGCAGUAAUUGUUCCAGGUACACGAUGUACACCCCUCCCUCCUCUCCUCUCUUCAUUGUGAAUCAGUUUUGUCUCAAUUAUGUUGUACUAUGUAGGAUUUUUGGGGAAGUAGAUUACCUUGGUUCAGGUUUGAAUUCGAUAGAGAAGUUUGAAACUAUAUUCCACUUUCUAGAUGAUGCUCCGCACUUUCCAAGCUCCAUUUUCUUCAUGUACAAUAUUCAAUGAUGUAGAAUGUAAUGCAAGUUUGAAAUUCUAGUCUCUUGGUCAUUGUCUCUUCUUACUUGUAUUAACAGUCAAUUUCCUGGUACUCCUGGAUGGCAGACUGCAUAUGAGUGGCUAUGUUCAAAUGAAUUGUUGGGUAGCAUUACAGUGAUGCUUAAUUUGUCAGUAAA